AUGGCAGCCCCGAAGUCGGUUGGGGAGUCCUUGGUGGGGGGAGUGGUCCAGGAGACGAACUCCUCUCGUUUUCUGGUUUUCAAUCCCAAAACAGCCGAGCUACUUGGUCAACAUCAAGUGAGAAUAUCACAAGAGCUUCCAAAAGAAGAAUGGGUGGAACAGGACCCGAACGAAAUUAUUCAGUCUGUCUUUGAGUGCAUAGAGAAAACGUGUGAGCAGCUUAGCGAACUGAAUAUUGAUAUAUCCAACAUAAAAGCCAUCGGCAUCAGCAGCCAGAGGGAAACCACUCUAGUCUGGGACAGGCUGACCGGAGAGCCGCUCUACAACGCUAUCGCUUGGCUGGACCUAAGGACCCAGUCUACCGUGGAGAAACUGAGCAAAAAAAUUCCAGGAAAUAAUAACUUUGUCAAGUCCAAGACGGGCCUUCCCCUGAGCACUUACUUCAGCGCCGUGAAACUUCGUUGGCUGCUGGACAAUGUGGAAAGCAUUCAAAAGGCUGUGGAAGAAGGGAGAGCCCUCUUUGGGACCGUUGACUCCUGGCUCAUCUGGAACCUGACGGGAGGCGCGGAGGGAGGCGUCCACUGCACGGAUGUGACAAAUGCAAGCAGGACGAUGCUCUUCAACAUCCACUCUUUGGAAUGGGAUAAGGAGCUCUGUGACUUUUUUGAAAUUCCAAUGAACAUUCUUCCCAACGUCUGCAGUUCUUCUGAGAUCUAUGGCCGAAUGAAGGCUGGGUCCUUAGAAGGGGUGCCCAUAUCUGGGUGUUUGGGGGACCAGUCUGCUGCAUUGGUGGGACAGUUGUGCUUCCAGGAAGGGCAAGCCAAAAACACGUAUGGAGCAGGUUGCUUCUUACUGUGUAACACCGGCCGUAAGUGUGUGUUUUCUGACCACGGCCUUGUGACCACAGUGGCUUACAAAUUAGGCAAAAACAAGCCAGCAUGUUAUGCACUGGAAGGUUCGGUUGCUAUAGCCGGUGAAGUUAUUCGCUGGCUAAAAGACAAUCUUGGAAUUAUAGAGACCUCAGAAGAAAUUGAAGAACUUGCUAAGGAAGCAGGUACUUCUUAUGGCUGCUACUUCAUCCCAGCCUUUUCAGGGUUAUAUGCACCUCAUUGGGAUCCCAGCGCCAGAGGGAUCAUCUGUGGGCUCACUCAGUUCACCAAUAAAAGUCAUAUUGCUUUUGCUGCAUUAGAAGCUGUUUGUUUCCAAACCCGAGAGAUUUUGGAUGCCAUGAACCGUGACUGUGGAAUUCCACUCAGCCAUUUGCAGGUGGAUGGGAAAAUGACCAAAAACAAAAUUCUUAUGCAACUACAAGCAGACAUUCUGCGGAUUCCAGUAAUGAAGCCCACUGUAGCUGACACAACCGCACUGGGAGCCGCCAUGGCAGCGGGAGCUGCAGAAGGGGUGGGCGUUUGGAGUCUUAAGCCCGAGGAUUUGUCAGCCGUGGUGAUGGAACGGAUUGAGCCACAGAUCAAUGCCAUGGAAAGCGACACUCGUUAUUCUACAUGGAAGAAAGCUACGCAGAAGUCAAUGGGCUGGAUUACAACUCAGACUCCUGAAAGUACUGUUUCCCCUGCCUUCUCUAGUCUGCCCUUGGGCUUUUUCAUAGUGAGUAGCCUGCUGAUGCUAAUUGGAGCAAGGUACAUCUCCGGUAUGCCAUAA